UCCAGUGGGUAGGAAUCCUGGGUUUAUCCUGAACAGUAGUCUCCUGACCUGCUGCACAUAUACAGACACAGGCGGAAUCAUGGGCAGUACUGGAAAUUGCUGUGUGGCUCUCGCUGUAGUCCUGGUCCUCCUCACCGUUUGUUCUACAGGCCAAGCUUUACAAUGCUACAAUUGUGCACAAUGGAGUCUUUCAAAAUGUGAAAGCACCACAACAUGCGGUUCUUCUACAAACGGCUGCAUGAGGAUUACACGAACAGACGGCUCCACCCAAUAUGGCUGCAGAGCCUAUGACAAAUGCAGUUCUGAGAUUAUCGGCCCGGAGUUAAAUAUACAAAAUUUUCAAUUACAUUGUUGUCAGAAAGAUCUGUGUAACAGCGGCUACAUGUCUCAUCCCAGCGCAGUGCUGCUUCUGAGCCUGGCGGUGGUGCUACUGGUGAUAAUGUCAUGAUGUGAUGAUGUCAUAGCGAUCUCGCCUCCGCAACACUUCACUCCUCUCUACUGAUGUCUCCACGGAUCAAGUUGCGGCUUAUUUAUACAUAUUAACGCCAACAGGAUCCCUACGCGUUUUCCUACUGAAGUCUAAAUUAAAAAUAUAAUUUUUUUGCCUGAUUGGUGGCUAUGGGCCGUGUUGUUUGUGUCUGCGCAAAUUCACUAGUGUGUGUAUCUAAAUGAUAGUUUAUAGAUUGUUUUUGAGAGAUUAAAUAUGUUAAAAAGUA